AUGUCUUUCCCUAGCGAUUUUAUUGGGCAGCCAGAACCCCAGACAACGACACAAAGCAGUGCUGCUUCCACCACCACCACCACCUCUUCUGCCAUGGCCUCUGUGGGGAGUACAACAACAAAGUCAGCAGAUGGAAUUAAUGCCGAUUCAACAAAACCGAGCCCUUCCCCGGACGGGCUUUCUAGUGGUGCAGUAGCAGGUGUCGCAGUCGGAUGUCUCAUUGCUGGCAUCCUGGUUGGGGCCAUUGCAGCUUGGUUCUUGCUCCGUCGCCGGCAUAAGCAGUCGAGAGACUCGUCGUCCACGCGUGAAAUCAUCGAGCCAAAGAGGGAAUCGCCAAUACCUGCUCAAGCCCAAGGCAGCAAUAGCCCGUCGGUGGCAGGGGGGAACCCCAUCAUCGAGUCGGACCUCGCCCCGUUCCUUUUGGACGGUGUCGCUGGUGGUGAACUCGCUUCAGAGGUAGAAUCCCUUGGAGAAUUAAUUUACCAGCAUGUUGAGAGCAACUACCACUUGGGCCCCAUCCAGCACAGCGUGAACGCCCUCGGGCCAAUGAUUGCAGCCCUCGGAAUGGGCCAGCAUCAUGCUCUUAGGCCCGAGUAUCUUGCUGCAUUGUGUGUUGACCCCAACACACGUCAAAUCGGGCUCAGGCAUAUCAUUUCCUAUGUCCUUUUCAGGAACAUAGACUUCCAACAGCCAGGAGAGAAUCUGAUGCUCCCAUUACCUGUAUCAAUAUUCCUAGAGUCUCUUCCAACGAGGACCAGGCAUGAGAACCAGUCUAAAGGAAUUCCGCUUGCCAUGUCUACUUGGCGAAGGUUGUCGGCAUUUUUGCUUCACCCAACACCUUCUGAACGAACUGCUCUCCCCUUCCCAGAGUCGACGGCAAACUACCAAGUUCGUCCUUUGGUUGAGACUCUCGACUCCUUCCUACAGCAUUUCGCUGCGAAUCAGGGCCAAAAGAAGCAUCUCGAGGAUGUUGCUAUAGAAUGCGCCAAGUUGGGCUACAAGAUAUUUUCACAUCCCAAUGAUUGGCAGUUCGUCUACAUUGUAGACGAUGACCAGAGCAGUCACUCAAUUAUGGUUUGUCCUGGCCUGGAGAAGCUCAGUGGGAGGGAUGGCACUUGGUACAGUCGGCCCAACAAGAUAUUGCAGCCAGCUGAAUGGCGGCUCCGGUAA